AAGCGCUUGUCUCUCUUUUUCCCAGUGCAAACUGGAGCUGGUGGUGGGAAGCCCAGCAUCAUGUAUGGACUUGGAGCUCUACGCACCGGACGACAAAUUUAUAAUGAAACUGGACAGCGAUGAGGCCUUAUUGGGAUCCUACCCCAUCGAUGACGGCUGUAGGAUACACGUGAUUGACCGGAGCGGAGCCCGGAUGGGCGAGUAUGAGGAUGUCUCGCGGGUAGAGAAGUACGAAAUGUCUGCCAGCGACUACGAGAAGCGGCCAGACUCUGUGCGCUCGUUCCUGAAGCGGAGUAAGAUGGGGAAGCACAACCAGGAGGAGAUGGUGAAGAAAGAGGCGGAGCAGGAGCAGAAACUUGCGGAAGAAAAGGCUCAGGCGGAGGCCAUUUCAGUGGGUGCUCGGUGUGAGGUUCGGGUCUUGGGCCAGCCCAGCAAACGGGGGACAGUCAUGUAUGUGGGGCUAGCGGAAUUCAAACCCGGCUACUGGAUUGGUAUCAAGUAUGACGAGCCCUUAGGGAAAAACGACGGCAGCGUCAACGGGAAGCAGUACUUCCAGUGCCAGCCCAAGUACGGCGCCUUCGUGAAGCCCCAGUACAUCACAGUAGGGGACUUCCCCGAGGAGAGCUAUGGACUGGACGACGAAAUGUGACGGGGAGACGGGAGUCCACGUGGCCAUCGACGUGCCGCGGUGUCUGGGCUGCAGGGCGCAGACCCUGCCAGAGGGCCUCUAGGUGAGGGAGCGGAUGUGACAAGCAGCUGUCUUUUAGUUCUUCUGAUUGUAUCUCUCUGUUCUGUGAAAGGUGCCACGUCCCUUUGUGUUUUCUCCCUCCCCUCCAUACGCACCUGCUUCGUGCAGUGACACUAAUAAAACUGCCUGGGAGGAA